CAAAUGGAAUGCAUUCUGAAACAUAAAAAUAAAGUUAGGUUGAUUAGAUUAGGUUAGAUAUAUGCACGUGAUUCAUCGUUUCAUUUUAAAUGUACUUUUUUUACACUUUCUGUAUUUUUAAACUGAAAUAGAUAUAUCAUAGAUUUUGAAGGAGAAGAAGGAAGAGAGAAGUAAAGUGUAGAAGCAGCGUGCAUAUAUUUAUAUAUGUAGUGUAUAAUUGGCGGAAUAAACAGAGGAGAAGGACAAAAAAUUUUACAUGAGGCAUGCGACAAAUCCUUGAUAGAUAUAAUACGGCUCUUGAAAGUGGAAAUUAUCGUUGGUAUUGGAAAUUAUGCCGAAAAAAGAGCACAGAUUGCAGUCCAGACAGGAGGUUUUUCUCAUGUACAGAUAAUGGUUCUGCGACAUCCCAGUCCAAGAGCUGUAGGUAAUCAAAAUUGGAAUGAAACAGCUAUGCAACGGUUAGAUGAGUUGGGAUUGCUCAAAUUUUUUGAGAAAGCAAGUACUACUGUUUAAAUUCUUUCUUGUACAGGGUACAAUCAUUAUUUUUAUAUAAAAGAUAAAAUUCAAAUUGAUAAAUUAUUUUUAUUUAAGACAACAUUUACAUUUUUUGCAAAAGAUUAAAAACAUUAAAAUAUUAAUUUUAUAAAACUGUAGCGCACAACAUAGUUUUAAAAAUAUCAUUACAUCAUAUCGACAUAUAAUACAAUAUUUAAUAGCGUUUGUUAUGGAUACUUUGGCAUGGAUGGACGUUGCAUUACAAAAAGCUGAGGAAUCUUUAAAAGCUGGUGAAGUCCCAGUUGGUUGUUUAUUUAUAUAUAACAAUGAAAUAAUUGCAACUGGCAAUAACACAGUGAAUGAAACUUGUAAUGCAACUCGCCAUGCAGAGAUAAAUUGCAUCGACCAAGUCUUAAAGUUUUGUAAAGAGAAACGCGUGGAAUACGAAACGGUAUUUCGUAACCUAGAUGUAAUUGUCACAGUAGAACCAUGCAUAAUGUGUAUGUCGGCAUUGCUUCAACUACAAGUACGUAGUAUUAUAUACGGUUGUGCGAAUGAUCGAUUUGGCGGUUGCGUCAGUGUUCUCGAGGUACCGAAAUUUUACGAUUCAAAGGUAAUAAUACAAGGAAACGUUAAGAGAGAAGAGGCUAUGAGAUUGCUUAAAGACUUUUACAAAGGCGUGAAUCCAAACGCGCCUGAGUCAAAAGUCAAAAGAAAGAAAGAAACUUUGUUAACCGAGAACAAAUAAUCUGUUUGCAUUUAGUAUCUUAUUUAUAGAUAUAUGUGAAACAUUUUUUUAUAUACAUAUGAUUUAGUAUAUUAUAUGAAUAUAAAAUAUAUUUAUUUCCAUUUCUUUUUUUUAAUUAUAUAAUACACAUUGCGCUAUAGUAUAGAAUAAUUUGGAAUCUUUUUUAUGAUCUUUUAUAUUCUACAUAUAUAUGUAUUUAAUGUAUAAUAUGUGUACAGUAUAAUAGAAAUAAUAGUAAAUUCAACAUUUCUUCGCGCGUUUUUAUGUACUUGUUAAACGACUUUUUAUUUAAAGUGUUUUUACUUAUUGAAUACUAUAUAUACAGUUUUACAUAUCUGAAAUAAAUAUUCAAUAUUACAU